UUUAUUUAUUUAUUUAUUUUUUUGUUCUCCUUUAUUCUUUUAAGUUUAGCGAGCUUAUGUACAAUAUUCCGAUUGCAACUCCUUACUUGAGAGAUGUUGAAAUGACAGAUGUUGUAGAAUCAUUGCACAAUUAUACCUCUGAAAAAAAGACAAAAAAGCCAAAGAAACGAAUUGUUUAUUACCAUAGUUUAGAGCCCGAAAAAAAUCACAAAAAAAUUGACUUUACAAAAAAAUUACCUUUAGAAUUAUGUAUAUAUAUAAUUACCUUUCUUGAUUUUGACACAUUACGUUGUAUUCCAAAAUUAUCCCGAAGUUGGGCUAAUUUAUUUUAUGCAGACGACAUUUGGAAGACUCAGAUGAUUCAGCGUGGUUGGCGAUUGAAGAUACCACCUUAUUAUUUUUUGAGCCCAGAAGAACAAAGCUGGUAUUAUUGGUUUAAACAGCAAUACCAAUUGGAAAUAAGAUGGAGAACAGGUCAAGUUGCUUCUCAUUAUUUAGUCGGACAUCUUGACAGUGUAUAUUGUUUGCAAUUUGAUGAUACCAAGAUUGUUACUGGAAGUCGUGAUCGUACUAUAAAGAUUUGGGAUCUUCAGUUAUACCAAUGUAUUGAUACCUUAGAGGGACAUCAGGGUAGUGUGCUCUGUUUACAAUAUAAUGAACAUGUUAUUGUGUCAGGUUCGUCAGAUCAUACUGUCAUUAUAUGGGAUAUAAAAACAAAGCGUAUGCGAGGAAGAUUACAUGGACAUACAGCUGGUGUAUCAGAUGUUUCAUUUGAUGAUCGACAUAUUAUAAGUUCUUCCAAGGAUGGAUCUAUUCGUAUUUGGAGUAGUCGUUCAUUUCAACCCCUAAGAAUGAUUAUGGGACAUCGAGGUCCUGUAAACGCCAUUGAACUCAAAGAUAACUACCUUGUUUCUGCCUCAAGUGACACUAUGAUCAAAUUAUGGCAUGUUGAGACAGGAGAACUUGUACGUGAAUUCGCAGGUCAUAAAUAUGGAUUAGCAUGUGUUCAAUUUGAUGGUAAAACAAUUGUGAGUGGUUCAAAUGAUUAUACCAUUCGUGUAUGGGAUGCUGAAACAGGCUUAUGUACACGAAUAUUUCAAGGGCAUUUAGGUCUUGUUAGAAACUUGCGAUUUGAUGGAGAUAAGAUUGUGAGUGCAAGUUACGAUGAGACAAUUCGAGUAUGGGAUAUAAAGUCGGGUGCGUGUUUAUUAAAUUUUCAAAGCGGUCAUAAAAGUUGGAUAUUUGAUGUUCAAUUUGACAAAAAACGAAUUAUUAGUGCAAGUCAAGAUCGAAAAAUACUUAUUAUGGAUUUUUCUUAUGGCUUAAAUACAGCAUGUCUUGACUUGGAUUGAUUCGAAUCAAUACCUCUUUUUUUUAUAUAUAUCCUAUCCUUUUUUGUAUUAUAUAACAGAUAAGAAGCCCAUAAUGGAGCACAUUAGCAUUAUUUGAAAAGGUUUAUACUUAAAAAAUUAUGGCAGCACCAACAGCAAUAACAGCAAGGAUAAAUGUAUAUAAACUACUUUUAUAAUGUCUUUACUUUUUUUUUUUGGUUUUUGUAUUACGAAAUAAAAAUAUGCAUUUAUAAUAUUUAUUUU